AUGAGUCUCCGUGACCUGGUCGAAGGUGAGGCCAUGCUGGAGGAUGACGAGAAUGAUGAGGAGGUUGCCGACGACUACGAUGAGGAGCGCCGUGACGGACCGCGCACCGGCAAUCGCUACGAUGACUCGAGCGAGGAGGACGAGGACGAGGACGAUGAUGAAGACGCCGCGCGCGCCGUUCGCGAAGGGUUCAUUGUCGACGAAGAUGAAGAGAUCGAGGAGCGCACCAAGCGCAGGUCCGAGAAGAAACGGCCGCGCGCUCGCGAAGAGGAGCAUCUCGACGAGGAAGAUCUGGAACUGAUUGGCGAGCAUGUCCCGGGCCUCAGCCGGGGCACGACUUCUGAUCAGUCUAAAUUCAAGCGCCUCAAGCGAGGUCGAGAUCGCGACCACCGCCAACCGUCUCAAGGUAUCGAUGAUAUGUUCAAUUCUGAUGAGGAAGAGGAGGCGGCACAGCAAUAUAGCCGACCCAGUCACCGCGGCCGCAUGCACGAUGAGAUGGACGACUUCAUUGAGGAAGACACCUUUUCCGACGAGGAGGCACAACGUGAGCGCGAUGAUCUCGAAGUUGCAGCCCCCGUCCGGGCAAGCAUGCCAGGCCUGGGGGCCACCGAUGUGGCUGGUCUGGAUGAAAAUGCAAUGGAAGACCUCCGUGCUGCCUUCGGCGACGGCGAGGAUUACAGGUUUGCCCUGGAUAUUGAAGAGCAAGAAGAUGAAGAGAAACAGGAUGAGGACCGACACCUUGAUUUGAAGGACAUCUUUGAGCCGUCGCAAUUGGCGGAGAAGAUGUUAACGGAGGACGACAACCAGAUCCGUCUUCUUGAUGAGCCUGAACGCCACCAGAUAGCUCGCAAACCGUACCGCCAUGUGACGCUCACAGAGGACCAGUUCCGUGAGGAGGCCAUAUGGAUUUCCAACUUGAUGCUGCUCAAAAAGCGCAUGGAGCCAGAGCUGCGUGAGCCGUUCCAGCGCUCCGUGGCCAAGAUGCUGGAGUUCUUAAUCACAGAUGACUGGGAAGUCCCCUUCAUCUUCCAGCACCGCAAGGAUUACAUGAUUCAUGCGGUUAAGGAGCCGCUCAAUGGAGCCGAUCCCGCCGACGAGUCUGCGCAGUACAACAUUCGAGCUGAGAAGCUCUUGAACAUGACCGACCUAUGGGAUAUCUUCGAAUAUGACCUCAAGUUCCGCGCCCUGGUCGACAAGCGCAACACAAUCCAGAAGUCGUACGACAACCUGCAGAGCCUUUUCAACGUCAAUGAUGCCAUUGUGGAGGACCUGUUGGUCGCAGCAGCUACCAUGGAAGAGCUCCAAGAUGUACAAGACUACAUUCACUUUCAAUAUGCCUCACAGCUGCGUGAUAUGUCCAUGGUCAACGGUGAUGCCAACGGAGAAACACACCGACGCAAGGCAUCAAGCAAAACCUUCUUCGAACGAGUGCGGAAUGGCAAGGCAUAUGGCCUGGUUCGCGCCUUUGGCCUUACGGCCGAUGCUUUUGCCCAAAACGCGUCCAAGGAAGCCCGCCGACAAUAUACCGAGGACCCGAGCGAGCGGCCAGAGGAACUGGCUGAUCAGUUUGUAGAUACCGACUUCUCUAACGCAGAGCAGGUUCUGAAAGCUGCCAAGUCCAUGUUUGCCGAGGAGCUCGUACUGAGCCCCAAGAUGCGCAAGGUCAUCCGGCAAGCGUACUACAUGAAUGGGGUUGUUGACUGCUUCCGCACCGAAAAGGGCCUGCGCCGAAUCGAUGAACAGCAUCCAUACUACGAGUUCAAGUAUCUGCGAAACCAGCAGCUCAGCGACAUUGCUCGUCGCCCCGAGAUGUUCCUGCGAAUGCUGAAGGCCGAAGAAGAGGGCCUGGUAGAUGUGAAGGUGCGCUUUGAGAACUUUGAUCACUUCCGCCAGCGCAUGUAUGCCGACAUUGAGUCCGACAACUACUCAGAAGUUGCGGAUGCAUGGAACCGACUUCGUCGCGACGUGCUGGAUCUGGCACUCGGCAAGCUGGAGCGGGUGAUCAAUCGCAGUGUCAAGGAGAACAUUCGACAGGAGUGCGAGAACCACGUGGUCAAGGAGUGCCGUGAAGCAUUCUCACAGCGAUUGGACCAGGCGCCUUAUAAACCCAAAGGAAUGGUGCUGGGCACAGUGCCUCGUGUUCUUACCCUGUCCAGUGGAACCGGCAUCAUCGGCCGAGACCCUAUCCACUGGGCCUACAUUGAAGAGGAUGGCCGCGUUCUCGAGAAUGGAAAAUUCAUGGAUCUGUCCGUUGGUGACCAGAACCGCGGCAUUAAGGAUGGUGCGGACGUGGCUCGCCUCCUGGAUUUGAUCGACCGGCGCAAGCCCGACGUUCUUGGUGUCUCUGGUAUGACACCGGAAACUCGCCGCCUCUACAAGCUUCUGUCUGAGGUUGUUGACCUGAAGGACAUCCGCGGCGCACCUUACACAGACGACCGUGAUGAAGAGGUCAGUGAUCGUCUCGAGACCGUCAUUGUCAAUGAUGAGGUUGCUCGGUUGUACCACAAUAGCCCCCGCGCCCAGAAUGACAACCCUGGUUUCGGGCCUUUGACCCAUUACUGUGUGGCCCUGGGUCGGUACCUGCAGAGCCCUCUCAAGGAAUAUGCCUCGCUGGGUCGUGACCUUGUCUCUAUUCAAUUCAAGCCUGGCCAGCAGCUGGUCUCGCAGGAGCUGCUGAUCAAGCAGCUGGAGACCGCUUUGGUCGAUAUGGUAAACUUGGUUGGUGUUGAUCUCAACGAAGCAGUUAACGAUCGCCUGACCGCGAACCUCGUUCCAUAUGUCUGCGGUCUUGGUGAGCGAAAGGCAGCUCACCUGCUCAAGGUUGUGAACAUGAACGGAGGCGUGGUGAACAAUCGCGUGGAGCUGUUGGGUGUCAAUGCACAGUACCCCGCUAUGGGCGUCAAAGUAUGGAACAACUGUGCCAGUUUCCUCUUCCUUGAUUUCGAGAGUGUUGACCCAGAUGCCGACCCGCUGGACAACACCCGUGUGCAUCCCGAAGACUACGACAUUGCCCGCAAGAUGGCUGCCGAUGCUCUGGAGCUCGACGAGGAAGAUAUCAAGGCCGAGACCGAUGAGAAUGGCUCCGGUGCCAUUGUGCGCAAACUGUUCCGCGACGAGCAACAAGAUCGUGUCAACGAUUUGAUUCUGGAAGAGUAUGCCGAGCAGCUGGAGAAGAACCUGAACCAGCGCAAACGUGCCACUCUAGAGACGAUCCGUGCGGAAUUGCAGCAGCCCUACGAAGAACUGCGCAAGCAAUUCGUUUUCUUGAGCACCGAUGACAUCUUUACCAUGCUAACUGGUGAGACGCCCGAAUCUCUUAAGUCCGGCAUGGUGGUCCCCAUUGCUCUCAAGCGGGUGUUCGACGACCAUAUCGACGCGAAGUUGGACUGUGGAGUCGAUGCGCUGGUCGCAGAGACCGAGCUCGGAUUGCCCUAUGACAUCCCCGUGCGCAAUGUCUACUCGGCACACCAAACCGUACCCGCUAAGAUUAUAUUCCUAAACCGCAAGGGUUUUACAUGCAAUGUGUCUUUGCGUGAGGAUCAGGUCAGCAACCCCAUUCGGAACAUUCCUGAUCAUGGAUUUGGCGACUGGGAUGAGGUCCAGGAGCGCAAGGAUAAGGACUCCAUGCAAGAGAAGGAGCAGCAGGGCGGACAGGCCAUGCGUGUUAUCAAGCACCCGCUUUUCAAGCCAUUCAACGCGACACAGGCUGAGGAGUAUUUGGGCUCCCGCACCCGCGGUGAUGUGGUUAUCCGUCCUUCCUCUCGCGGUCCUGACCAUCUGGCGGUCACCUGGAAGGUGGCACAUGGUGUCUACCAGCACAUCGAUGUCCUGGAGCUGGAUAAGGAGAACGAGUUCUCUGUUGGCCGCGUCCUGCGAGUUGGCGGCAAGUACAGCUACAGCGAUCUUGAUGACCUGAUUGUCAACCACGUCAAGGCGAUGGCGAAGAAGGUGGACGAGAUGAUGCUGAAUGAGAAGUAUCAGGAGGGCAGCAAGGCCGAGACUGACCAAUGGCUCGAAACUUAUACCAAGGCCAACCCCCGGCGCUCGGCGUAUGCGUUCUGCAUCAACCCCAAAUACCCCGGCUAUUUCUUCCUUUGCUUCAAGGCGGGCGAGCACUCGCGCCUCCAGAAUUGGCCGGUGAAGGUGAUCCCGCAGGGCUACGAGCUACAGAAAAACCCGUAUCCGGACAUGCAGGCCUUGUGCAAUGGGUUCAAGCUGAUGUUCACCAACAUGCAAGCCAGCCGGAGGUAA